CGCCGAGGCAGAGAGAAGAAAGCGGCUGCUGCUGCAGGGGGGAGGAAGCUGCACAAAUGAGCACAAGAUAGAUAUAUUCUAAAGGAAAAACUAGUAUUUCCAUUAUUUAGCUGACCAUGGAGAGACCGAGUCGUCUUCGGCAGUCUCCAACCACAUGAGCUCCCUGGUUUUGUUGCUGGGAGACAGAGGUACCUGACAGGAGCACAGACUCCUCUUCAAGGAUCAUAACGAGAGCUGAAACCACCGACGGGUGGGGUUCACUUCAGAGAGAUGAUUCAGAUGCAGAGUCGGAUGAGAACGAUGUCCGAUGAGGCAGAACAGAGAAUGUGCGACGAAGACUUUGGUUCGGACGAGGAAGGCGAGGAGGGGGACGUGGAGUCUUUCAUGGAGGACAACAGCAGCGAACUCAUGGACCGACUGAGAGAGCUGGAGGCAGAAAACUCUGCUCUGAUGUUGGCGAAUGAGAGUCAGAGGGAGGCGUAUGAGAGAUGCUUGGAUGAGGUGGCCAACCACGUGGUCCAAGCUCUGCUCAACCAAAAGGAUCUGAGGGAGGAGUGCAUCAAGCUGAAGAUGUUGGUGUUCGACCUGGAGAGACAGAACCGAGCGCUCUGUGAGCUCUUUCAGCAGAAACUGCCCAACCACCCCACCGCUCACUACCAGGUCCAGGCGGGACCGCUCCCAGACUACAACGCACAGCUGCACAAUGAUUCUGCCAAACAGGUGGAGCCUGCACAGACUGAAGCACAAGCCAAGGGAAAUGGCUACCGCACACAACAUGCCUCCCCGGGCCCUCGUGGCCCUGCCGCCUCCAUGGAGGCCCUGUCUCCCUUCUUCAAGAAGAAAGCACACAUCCUGGAGGUCCUCCGCAAGAUGGAGGAGACGGACCCUCUAAAGUUCCACCCGUCCACUACAAGCUUGUCUUUCUGCGACUACAGCCAGGUGCUCAUGUCCACUGAGGCCGUUUUGGCCUCGGCGGACCCCCUCCCACUACCGUGCAAACCCCACCACACACACUGCCACUGCUCCCGCUCCGACACUGACUCACACCAGCAUGUCAACGGCGACGGGGCAGUGAAGUGUGAGGCAGGGAACACCUGCUGUUUACACUGCAAGAGGAGCCCUGACACUCCUCCAAAGCCAUGCAACCACGUCUGUAGUCCUUUAAAAGCCACCCAGAGCCAUGUAGUUCCUGCAGCUGCUAUAAGCGAAUGUCACAGUAAGAGCAGGACAGCAGAGUCUGUUCCCCCGUCCAAACAAUGCACCAAGAAUGAAGCCCACCAGCAACCAGCGGGCGCCACUGCCCUAUCAUCAGUCCCAGAAACGGCUGAUCAGAUCCUGGAGGUGAUGGAUGUGGAGCAAGAGCAGGAAAGCUCUGAGAGUUGUGUAAACGUUAAUGCCUCUGAAGAGCUCACUGAUCCCACCCCCCACCUGCCCAGUUCUGUGAAGGAGAGCGCUCAGAUCUCCCACUGUGACAUGGAAACAAGCGAUGGCGUUCACAAUGGCGUCAACACCGCCAUGUCGAAUGAGCCGUCAGCCGUCCCUGAGGAAGACAGCACAGAUCAGGAGGCUUCUUCUAUGAGAGCCAAUGCCACCGUCAGCCCCAGCGCAUCCUGCCUCAGCGAGAUCAAAACCGCCGCCAUCAACUCGCCGUCCAAAAUGCUCAAGUUCUUGAAGAUUCCUACGUUAGGGGAAAAGUCUCAACCUUCGACCUCCGCCGUCCGUCUGAGCCCGCAACUCACCCGCAGCUCCAGGAUCCCCUGUCGCACCAACAACUACGAGGUGUACCACUCUCCUGUUCCCACACGCAGAGCCACCACCACAGAGAGGUGCAGGCAGCCCCCGCCACCACCCGCCAGGUCUGAAUCCUACCCUGCCACACACUCAGCCCCAACAUCCCCUCCUCAGCCUGAGGAAGUCUGCUCCCCGCCCGCUAAGGAAAUAAACUACAGCAGUCUUUCUGCACCUAAAGCUACUUCAAAGAUGGGCGCUCCCUCCUCUACAUCCUCCUCCUCACCCAAAGUAUCUCCCAGGGUCCCUCAUUAUGAAAAUGUCUGUGUUAUGUCUACCAACUCUAGAGAGGAGGAACCAUCCCAGGGCCUCGAAAAAAGAACCACACUUCCAUCCCAAACGAAGGUGAACGGUGGCGAGAGGAAGCUCAUCAAAUCGCUACCCGAGUGUGUCCUCAACCCACCUCCUCAACGAAAGCAGUCGUCUUCGUCCACGUCAGAGUCUACAUCAGACGAUGAGGAUUCAGACAGCCCAGUGUGGGUUAACCAUCACAGCCUGCCCAACACAUCGGCCCUCGGCAAGGCCUCGCAGGCCAGAGUUAACUACCAGCCAACCAGAGAGAAACAGGAAGCCGAUGUGAGGGAGAUCCCUGUGCAGAGGUCCGAGGUCGUCCAGCCUCCACCUCCUCCUCCAGCCAGGAGGAGCGACUCCUCUUCCAUCCCUAAGAGGCCUGCGGUCGUGGCGGCGAGACCCCAGGCUGAUUCUAGUCACCACGCUUUCAAAGACAGGCUGGCUGCGCUGGGAAAGCUGCGGAGCGCUGAGGAUUUACAAGUCGUUCCCAGGCCGGUCGACGCGGUGAAUGAGGGCACCUCCGGGGAAGAAAAGAGUAAGUUGGCGGAGAGGCCCAUGGAGCUCCAAAAAGAGGAGCAGAGACAUUCAAAAUACACAGAGUCUUUGGAUGGUAAAACCAAAGUUAGUAGUGGUGGUCUGAAGUACCCGGGGUCGUCUCAGCUGUAUGAACAUGCUGUGAAAUCUUCAGUGGGGAAACAAGAACUGUGCGUGACCAAGACAGAAGGCCCCAAGAGUAAAAUCGGUCUGCCGUCCCCCAACACAGAUGCUCCGCAGGUUCUACGCAACAACAUUAAAUGUCCUGGCUCCCUGAAUCUGGCCUAUAACCUUAAACCAGUUGUUGGUCCUCACAGUAGCAACAGCCCCAAUAAGAUCCCCCCAAAGUCGCCAUCCAAACCUUGCCAGGGCCCGUCCGUCCACAGAGGGGGGAAGCCCGCAGAGGCCCCUCGUUACUCGUCCAAAUCAGAGGAGAGGACCAAGGGACCGGGGAAAGGGAAAAAGAAUCCGUUGUACGGAGACAGCCUGCCGCCUCCUCCUCCGAGACCUCCAACGUCUGAGGGGGAGAAGCCGGUGCCGCCGGCCACCAGCCCGCAAUCCGCCAUCGAGCAGAAGGUGAUGAAGGGCAUCGAGGAGAACAUGCUGAAGCUCCAGGAGCAGGACCGAGGACUGCAGACCACUGAGGUCAAGCAGAAAGCCUCCAACGGCAUCGCGAGCUGGUUCGGCCUGAAGAAGAGCAAGCUGCCCGCGCUGCGCAAGACGGACCUGACCAAAGCGAAGGACGAGAAGAGGGAGUGGAAGAUCAACAUCCCCUCAGUGGGCAGGGACUCUGUGAAAAUGGCCAGCAGGUGCAAAGAAGGAGUGGAAGGUCUGAACAUCUCGACGCUGAUGGAGAAGGCCGAGGGGCUGAGGAGGGCGCUGGAGGAGGAGAGGGCGUACGUGGAGAGGUCGGGUAGAGGUCACUCCUGCGAAGUGGUGAUGGACCAAUCUCAGGGACAGCUGGCGGUCAUGUACAGGGGAGCGCGCUCGGACAACUUCAUGCAGCAGCUGCUGAACAGAGUGGACGGGAAUGACAUGAUCACUGUGCCGCAGCGCCGGCUCUCGUUCGACUGUAAGACCUCCAAGCCGAUGUUUUGUCAGCAGGGAGACGUCAUCAGUCACACCACCAGUCGUGACGAUAUGGAGAAGGGAUCAGACAGAAUCGGCAAGAUCACAUCAGAUGAAAACCUCGCAGACUCCGUUCACUCCCAGCACUUUGCAGGGUCCGGCGCUUCCACGUACACCCUGGACAGCGGCAUCGGUACGUUCCCCCUGCCCGACUGCAGCAGCGGUGCAGCAGGACGGGGCCUGUCCAAGACGAGGACCGGGGCCGAGCGCCACUCCUCUGGCUCCCCGGGGAGAGUCGGGAGACGGGCGCGCACGCUGGACAGAGAGCCCACGUCGCAGGAGGAGUGCUACGUGCCUCACAAACAGCUGAUUCCCACCAUUCAGUACGGCUCCGUGCUGGAGGGAAGAAGCUCCGCCGGCGUCACCCGCGAAGACAAAGAGGUCCACGGAGCCAACAUGUUUUCUCCUCGCUCCAAGACUUGGACCUUCCCCAACCUGAAGACUGCAGCCGGCCCCGCAGAGGUUUACCUCGCUGUGGAGGAGGAAGAGGAGGAGGCCGUGACCUUCGGGUCUCCUUUCAGAGGGAGCAUGAAGGCCGGCGGCCCCUCCUCCAGCCGGACGGUCGACCCCGGCAGCUUGCCCGUCCCCGCCCAGUCGGGGAUGAGCCGCAGGGGGAAGACUCGCGCUCCCAGCAUCCCCGAGGUGAGUCGGGAGGCCGGGCUGGAGCUGCUCAGGGAGCGGCCGGAGGAGGCCCUCUCCCCGAGCCGCCCUCAGGUCCUGGAGACCCCCGAGUCCCUCAGUGACUCUCUGUACGACAGUCUGUCGUCCUGCGGCAGCCAGGGAUGAUCCAACCCAGGAUGGGGGGGGGGGAGGAAGGAAGAGGAGCUCAUCUCGUCCACAGACAGUAAGACCCCUGCACCGCUCUGAACUGUAUUGUGAUGCUGCUCACCCGCUGCCACCUUUUUUGAGGAAAAGCAAGUGUGUCCUGUUGAUGUCCGCUGGAACAUUGUGGUGACGACGCUUUCUCAUCAGCUAUUUCUCUGUUGCAACUGUAAAGACGGAUCGAUGCAUUCUCCUCAGGAUUUCAAAUGAACAUGAAGCCAAAAGCCGCCCCAAAUAAUAUAGGUUCUUCACUUUCCUUUCACAAUCAGACUCGACUGUGGACACACAUGUACACAGGACUACAAAGCGCAUGGCUAAGCUAAUGAUUAGCACAAAGGUUAUCACUCCUGGUGGUUGUUCAGCAACUUGUCCUUUUGUUUUGAAUCAUCCCGGUAGACGGAUCUUCGUUAUGUACAUCAAGGACGAUCUGUAUCAAUACAUCCAUUCUGCUCUGGACUUCAUAAUGUAUUGGAAAAAAGAAAACAUGGAUCUCCCUAAAAAAAAAAAAAAAAGAAGAAUGUUCAUGUCUGUGAUUCUUUAUUGCUAAACUCAUCACAACUUUAAAUGUAUAAACAAUUUUAUUGAUCAUGUUGAUAUUGUUUUGCGACCAAGGAAGGUUGUCAGAAUACGUCUGUUUUUGAAUCAUAAUACAUUUAAAGGUAAUAUAUACCAGCAAUAAUAACAUAGAUAAGAGAAAUGGCUACACUAUUCAAUGAAUAUGUAUUUCUAUUAUUUAUUUAUUUUAAAUGUACAUCAUUUGCAGUCAUCUUUUUUUCAUUUUGUAAUCUUUCUGUGAAAAUUGCAGUCUCCUUGCUUCGUAGAUUAUGUUCAUAUCUUGUAUUUCAACUUCUGUUGCUGUUCGUCCCUUAGCCAAUAGAGGUCCUAUUUACCUACUGCCGUUUUUCAACUUUCUAAUUAAAAUGUUCUGAUUUA